AUGGGCUUGUCUGGCUUGAUGAGCAAGGACUCUGUGUUUGUGCUGCCCGUCCUGUCACUGUCCCUUACUGGCGUUUUCACUCUCAGCUCAAUCCCCACCAGCCAAUCCCUGCCCCGCACUGCCCCUCCCCUCUUUGAUGGGCAGCCCUUCAUGGUGAUCUGGAACAUCCCUGACCUUGUCUGUAACAGGUACAACAUCUCUCUGGACACUUCUUCAUUCCACAGUGUGAGUAACCCGGCCAAAGUCCCGGAUCAGUUCCUCGUCUUGUUCUACGCUGAUCGCUUGGGCUUGUACCCUUACGUGGACCUGGAAUCCAGGAGACAGUUCAAUGGUGGCAUCCCCCAGAGAGGCAACCUGCAGGCCAGCCUGGAGAAAGCCAGGGCAGAUAUCAUCCACUACAUCCCCUCCAAGAGCUCCCCUGGCCUGGCUGUCAUCGACUGGGAGGACUGGCGGCCCCUGUGGGAGAGGAACUGGGGUUCCAAGAGAAUCUACCGUGCCCUGUCCAUCAGCUAUGCCCGCCACAAGUUCCCGUCCCUGACCUUACGGCAGGCGGUCGCUCUGGCCAAGCGCCGCUUUCAGUCUGCCGCCAAGAGCUACAUGCUAGAGACUUUGACCCUGGGCACCCGGUUGCGACCGCGCUACCUCUGGGGCUUUUACCUCUUCCCCAACUGCUACAACUAUGGCUGGGAGCAGCCGGGCUACACGGGACACUGCUCGAAGGAGGUGCAGAAGCAGAACGAGAUGCUUUUGUGGUUGUGGGAGGUGAGCACGGCGCUGUUCCCCUCUAUCUACCUGCAGGAGUCACUUGGAGACCACCGCUCUGCUGCGCUGAUGGUGCGAAAUCGUGUACAAGAGGCCCUGCGAGUGGCAGCCUUGCCCAAACGGACGUACACAGCUCCGGUGUAUGUCUAUACUCGGCCCGUCUUCACGGACCAGAACAAACGGCUGCUGAGCCAGGGAGAUCUGGUCAGCACCUUAGGGGAGAGUGCAGCCGUGGGUGCAUCCGGUGCUGUGUUGUGGGGAGCCAGCGCUGACUACGAUGACAAGGCCUCGUGUGAAGCCUUCUCGGCCCACCUGGACAGCACCAUCAACCCCUACAUCACCAACCUCACCACCGCCGCCAGGCUCUGCAGUAACUUCCUGUGCCAGGGGAAGGGCCGCUGCGUGAGGAAGAACUAUAACUCAGACCACUACUUACACCUGAGCGCCGGCAGCUUCAGCAUCCGCCGCGGCCCAGCCGGACGGUACGAGGCCCUGGGGAAGCCUUCGCUCACGGACCUGCAGGCGUUCACCGCGGCCUUCACCUGUCAGUGCUACGCCGGCCUGAAAUGCGAACCAGAGACUCUUAUUUUGCUCUCAGAAAAAAAGCUCCCUCGCAGACUCCGGUCCACGAAUGCCACACGGUUCUCUGUGAUUCAGACGGUACCAUAA